UUCCUUAACCACGAAGAAGCCCAUGUCCACUGCACAUAUAAGAGCUAGCUAUAGCUUUAUCUAGAAGGACACUGACGAAUAGCUGGCUUAAUUAGCUCGCCGGAGAGGAGCCUGCCAUUGCCGGACGACGGGGAUGGCGGCGACGGAGGCGACGACGAUCGAGGACACGCCGACGUGGAUCGUCGCGGCGGUGUGCUCCGCCAUCGUGCUCAUCUCCUUCGCCUUCGAGCGCUCGCUGCACUACCUCGGCAAGGCGCUGGAGCGCCGGAGGAGGACGCUGUACGAGGCCUUGCUCAAGCUCAAAGAAGAGCUGAUGCUGCUGGGGUUCAUCUCGCUGCUGCUCGUCGUGUUCCAAGAGCCGAUACAGAGGAUAUGCAUCGCCGAGAGCCUCAUGGGCCACUGGCUGCCUUGCCGGAGCGACGGGAAGGCGUCGUCGCAUCACGGCGUCGCCGCCGCAUCGGCUGCCGUCGUCUCCGGUGCCGGCGCGAGGAGGCUGCUCGGAGAAGGGACAGCCGGAUCUGGGCACUGUUCGAGCAAGGGAAAAGUUCCAUUGCUCUCGCUCCAUGCCAUAGAACAGAUACACAUAUUCAUCUUUGUUCUAGCCAUCACCCAUGUCGUCCUCAGCGCCGUCACCGUUCUUCUGGGACUUCUGCAGAUGCGAAGAUGGAGGCAUUGGGAGAACGCCAUCAAGGCAGAUGGAGACUUUGCUGCAGGUCCUAAGAUGAUCAACAGAGCGCAGCAAUUCAAGUUCAUCCAGGAUCGGUACAAGGGGUUCGAUAAAGUCACCAUGGUCAUAAUUUGGAUGCGUUCUUUCUUCAAGCAGUUCUAUGGAUCGGUAACCAAGGAUGACUACACAGCAAUGAGGCUUGGUUUUGUCAUGGAACAUUUUAGGGGGCACCCAAAAUUUAACUUUUACGACUACAUGAUUAAAGCUCUUGAGAAGGAUUAUAAGAGAGUAGUUGGCAUAAAAUGGUAUCUCUGGAUAUUUGUAAUGAUCUUCCUCCUACUAAACAUCACUGGUUGGCACUCCUACUUCUGGAUCUCAUUAAUCCCAUUGGUUGUAAGUAGUACUACUUCUUUCAUAUAUUAUGCUGCAAACAGUUAUGUACUUACUACUAUAUGGCAUUUAGCUAUAUGCACAGUCCUGGAGCUAGCUUACUGUUCAUGUUCAGAAGUUCAGAAUGUGAUUGCAGCUGCUGCUCCUGAUCGGAACGAAGCUGGAGCACAUCAUCACUCAGCUAGCCUACGAAGUGGCCACGAAGCACACCGCCGUGGAGGGGGACAUAGCCGUGAGCCCGUCAGACAAUCUCUUCUGGUUCCACAGCCCCAGGCUCGUGCUCGCCCUCCUCCGCUUCAUCCUGUUCCAGAACGCGUUCGAGUUUGCGUAUUUCAUCUGGACAAUGGCAACGUUCGGCUUCAACUCCUGCAUCAUGGACAGGCUGCCGUACAGAGUGUCAAGAAUUGUCAUAUGCGUCGUCGUCCAGGUCCUCUGCAGCUACAGCACGCUCCCCCUCUACGCCAUCGUCUCCCAUAUGGGGAGUUCGUUCAAGAGUGCCGUCUUCUCAGACGACGUCGCGGACAAUCUAAGAAAAUGGGCCGACGAAGCUCGGCGGCGCACAGGAAGAGCCGCCGCCGGUGUUGGCUGCCUAGGUGCGGCGGCAGGAUCAUCAAGGCGGGAAGGGAUUCACAUACAAAACAUGUGAGAGGGGCCAACAAAGGGAAGCAGAUCCGCUGAUGUAACAGCACAUGCACAUGCAGUUAAGUCACUUAUAUGUGUGGAUUCUACUUUAUUGUGACUCACAUGUCAAUGGCUCAACUACAGAAGACCCAGUUCCCAAUAAAGCUGUUCAUGCUUAAUUAGGCCUGUCUCCUUUGAUGGGCUGAAAUUACGAUAUUGAGAGACCAAAAUUUGUACAUUAACACGCACUAAUGGACCAAAAUUAGAAGCGCAUAUAGGCCUAAGUGUGCGCAUAACGGGGAAUAAGUUCACUUGAGGCCCCUCAAUUUGCACUGAAUUCAAGAUCGAUCCCUUGAGCCCUACCUUACAAAACCGUGCAAACGAGGUCCCUCGGCAGUAUAAUGCCCGGUUUUGGCUCACGUGGCGCAUACGGGGCUCCUUUGACUAGGUCUUUGUCCCACAUGGCAUUAACGUGGCGCUGACGUGGCAAUUUGAUCCCCGAAAAAUAG